AGCCCUGCUGCAAUCCAAUCUACAGGAACAAACCAUACGGAUCAUUAUGGAGUCGGGCGAUACCAAAGAAAUUGUCAUCGAGCCGUGCCGGUCGAAUGGCAGUCCGGAUGAGGGAGUGCUGGAAGAGAAGGGAGUCUUCCGCCAUUCACCCAAUGGCCCUGAUUUUCGAGCUGUGAGCUGGCAGCGCGCCACCAUUAUCUUCCUCAAGAUCCAGUUCGCGAUGAGCAUCCUGAGUGUCCCCGAGUCCCUGGCGACCCUGGGCGCCGUGGGCGGAGCGCUGUCAAUUGUGGGCUGGGAAGUCCUGAAUACCUAUACUGCGGUGAUUUUGGGCGAGUUCCGCAAUCGACAUCCAGAAUGCCACACGCUCUCUGAUAUGUGUGGCGUGGUGUUGCCUCGCGUGGGCAGGGAGCUGGUGGGCAUUCAGAUUCUCGUCGCUCAAGUCAUCAUCACCGCCGCCGGGAUUGUCUCCAUCUCGACUGCCUUCAACGCCCUCUCCCACCACAGCACCUGCACCGUCGCCUUCAACGCGAUCGCUGCGAUCCUCAUCACCAGAUUCUCCUCGAUCCGCACCCUGGCCCAUCUCGGGUGGAUCACCUGGGUGGGAUUUGCCACAUUCUUCAUUGCCAUCUUCAUCUUCGUCAUGUCGGUGACCCAGCUAGACAGGCCAGUUGGGGCACCCGCAACCGGCGAGUUUGACCUGGGAUGGAUAGCCAUCGCAUCUCCGACCUUUACCGCUGGCAUGCUCACGACGGCCAACAUCUUCAUCUCCAGCAGCAGGUCGUCGAUGUAUCUCCCGGUCAUCUCCGAGAUGCGGCGUCCCAGCAAGUACCAGAAAGCGGCAUUGCUGGCCGGGGCUAUCAUUAGAAUUGCCACCCCUGCGUUCGGCAGCGGUGGGCCAUUGUUUAAGAAGCUCUGCUACGGGCUGGCCCUGCCCGGCUUGGUCAUCGGGGUCGGCAUUUACCAGCAUGUGGCGGCGAAGCUGAUCUUUGUGCGACUGCUGCGCGAUUCGCACCAUCUCCAGGAGAAUACAGCAGUACAUUGGAUAACCUGGCUGGGGGCAAACCUGCUGCUUGGAGUCCUGGGAUUUGUGAUUGCUGAAGCCGUCCCCAUCCUCAAUUAUCUUCUCGGCCUUGCGGGCUCCCUGUGCUUUGCACCAUUUAGUCUCAUGUAUCCGGCGAUGCUCUGGAUGUACGACUUUAGAGCCUGGCGGCAUGGCACCAAAUCAAAGCAAGCCAUAUAUUGGCUGCAUGCUUUUAUUAUUCUGCUUGGCGGGUUCAUGGUUAUUGGCGGAACUUACAGUGUGGCAGUGACACUUCGCGAGGCAUAUGCGGAUGGGAGUAUCGGCAAGCCUUUCAGCUGUGCGGAUAACUCAGGAUCGUAA